CUUCCACUGCCUUAAAAUGCAGAGGUGCCCUCGUUGCGCGCGAUGUUAAAGACUAAACAGGUCAUGAACGGUCACUUACUCAUUGCUUCAUCGUGAUUCAAAACAACAAAGUGCAAUUUGCAAUUCACUAUGGCUUCUCUGCCUGACGUCAACAGUCUCAACUCCCUCCCCGUGGAGCAACAGGCCAAGGUCCUAGAUGCGCUCUUCGAGCCGAGCCCCGCGAUUCACGCCUUUCUUCUGCCCUCUAUUUCCACAACAUCUUUCCAGUCGUACGACGAGUUCAUCAACCAAGCUCAAAAGAUCUUCGAGGCUCUUACGGCGGACCCUACACAAAAGGCACAGCUACACUCAAUCAUCGGUUCACACCCACGUCUCGGGGCCAAGAAGGUUGAGAGUGCUCAGUCCGCCGCAGAGCAAGCCCAGCUUCAGAGUGGAGACGCCACAGAGCUGGCUGCGCUGAACGCCGAGUACGAGGAAAAAUUCCCAGGCCUACGUUACGUGGUGUUUGUCAACGGUCGAGGUCGGCCGGAAAUUAUGGAAAACAUGCGUGCUCGUAUCUCGCGUGGUGACUUGGCUCUCGAGGAAUUCGCCGCCAUCCAGGCAAUGUGUGAUAUUGCCAAAGAUCGUGCAGCGAAGCUUCUAGCCGCUUCAGGAUGAACGGCAUAGAGCGUCCUCGAAGACCUUUGUCGGGUUCGAUCGUCUGAUUCACUUCCUAGAAAAGAAUUUCCAACCCCCGUCUAAGCCUAUAGCACAUCCCAAAUCUAGCUUGCCCAUGAGAAACUGUCCGACGCCUUCCUUCCUCGUCCAAUCACAGCUUGGCGUUCUCGUCCAGCAGUCUCAAAAGUCUGCCAACACGCUCUGCCUCACGGUAGCCGCUGACGACUGCACCAGCCACGCUUCCACGGUUUUCCAUCUCUGUGUGCUCGCCGGCAAAUCCGAGUCUUCCAUCCCAUACGGGCCUGCUCAGCUCCUUGAAGUCAAGUGGGCUUCGCUCCCCAUUCUCUGAGAUAAUGGAAGGCGUGGUCGUAGCACCGCGGGAGAACUCGUCUGUCAACCAGUUGGUCAAGUUGGUCUCGAUCGGCUCCGCAGGCUCAGAUGAUGGCUUGAAGCGAGAGACGAGGAACUUGUGGUAGGCAGCCGCGACUUCCUUCUGAUCGAAGCGGAGCAAUGCGGUAGCAGGAGUUUCGGAAAGGUACGUCAGCAAAGUCGGACUAGGGCCAGGGAGAGACGGCCCAGCGAAGUUGGCGCAGACCAGAGUCGACGCCUCGAAGAUUUCGGCGGGGGUCGAGCUUUCGGUCACGGGCUUCGUAGAUGUGGGCAAGAAGGUGUAGGAUCCUGCCUUGUCGGCCUCGGGCCACCAAGCUGUCUGGUACUGGAGCAGCAACUUCUCUAGGACACCGACGUGGGUGCCCUUGAUUACCUCCUGUAGGCGCGGCGGCAGCGCAGGGUUGAAGGUGCUUUCAGGUAGAGUCUUGAGGGUACCGAGCGGGAUGGUAGAAAUGGCCGUCUUUGCCGUGAAUUUGUUGCCCUUGGCGUCGACAAUUGUAACUCUGUCUUGACUUUGUGAAAUUUCAGUAAUCUUUGUGCUCAGCUUCACCUCAGUGCCCUUGGCCUUGGCGUCAUCAAGGACCUGCUUGACCAAAGCCUCAUAGCCUCCCUCUGGGGCGGCAUCAGAGCCUCCAAAUGAGGUGGUACUCUCCCAUCCAGCCCACUUCAGAGAUGCUUUUUCGAGCUUGAGUCCCAGGGGAAUCUCGAGGGAGCGGGCAAGGGCGGCUGCCAGCUCCUUCUGAGAUGAACCUGAUGCGGGCUGCGUCGCUACCUGCGUCGGGUCGGCAGGGCUGGUUUGGUUGACGUCUGAGGAAGGGUCAGGGGAUGCAGAAGCUGAGAAAAGAGCCGAGUCAUCAGCCAGAAGGGCGGAUGCGAGAGAUGUAGAUGGAGAGGGCGCUGGGUGAGGGAGCUUCAAUGAUGCCUGAGCAGCACCAAGGGAUGCCCGCAGGUUGUCGGCAUUGGAACUUGAGAGACGGCCUGUUCUUUGUCAAUACAGCAUAUCGCUAUGGGUCAGAGUCACACGCAC